AUGUCGACAACGGAGCCACAGUCCGGGUCCACGUCGCCCAAAGAGCUUGCGCCCGUCGAUUUGCCUUCCGAGGACGAUGAGUUUGAGUCCGAGGUCGUUGGAAGUGUCGAGGACUCGGACGUCGAUGAACAUGCCGGUCGCCAUGAUAUCGAGGGAGACGGCAGCGCUGAAGGCAUGCUGCCUCGCGACGUUCCCAAGCGGACAGCAUACUACGACCCCGUAGCCGAGCGCCAGAUGACCCAGACCGACGCGAAGCUGUUCUACCAGAGAAGUCAGCACAGAGCAGACGGUAGCAACUGGGGGCAAUCGCAAGCCACUGCCCCGGCCAGUCCAGUAUUUUCCACCGGCUUUGCCAAACUCCAUGAGACUGUUGGACCUCAGCCACACGCUGCGGCCGCUGCGCAGCAGAGCAUCACCUCUCACCCUCACCCUGCAAACCUCCACCCAAGUACAAGCUCUCUGUCCUUGCCUCCAUCUGCUUCAGGCUACAACAGGCUCCCAAGCUACAACAGGCUGCCCGACGUCGGUGGUCUCAGCAUUAGAGAUGUUCCUAUGGGGCCAGAGUCAGCACCGCGCACCGCGACGCGGCCCUCGCUUGUUGGCCAUAGCAGUGGUCAAUCACCUGCUGCAUUGCAGUCCCGUGAGGAGUCUGUAACCUUGGAUGAUCCCGUGCAGCCCGACAUGGGCCUACCCGAUGGCGCGGCUGCUGGUAUUGGCAGUGGUUUCGCAGACACAGAUCCCCACAUCGCUGCUGAGCUAAGCUCGAUCUUUGGCAAUAUUCAGAAAUGUCUGGACAUUCGUCACAAAUACAUACGUCUCUCGUUGCAGAGGGACGGCGACAACCCCAAGGACGAUCCUGGUUGGGAUAUCUACCCGCCGCCUCCUGAGCCUGCAUGGGUCGGGCCUUACACGGCCCAGGCAAAUGCAGCGGCGAACAGUCUGAACAGCAGCGUGGUGCUCCCUUUAGGCUCCGAUCAGGAACCCUCAAGUGCGGAGCCAAGCAGCGCGACCAAUGAGCACCCGAGGAGGAGAACGUCCAAGAAACGCAAACCCGGUCACGAUAUUGGCGAGGACUUUGAUAUGGAGGACCUCUUGCCUCUGCCCAUGGCCAGCGAAUAUACCUUCCGGCUUGACGAGAACAGUGUCUACCAAGUGUUCGAGAACGACGGGGCAGAUCGUACCAAUGCGCCAAUCAUUGGCGUGCCAACGCUCAAGGACUUUUACGUAGAUCUGGAAACGAUCCUGUCCAUCUCGUCCGAUGGACCAAGCAAGAGUUUUGCCUUUCGACGCUUGCAGUAUCUCGAAGGGAAAUUUAAUCUCUACGUGCUCUUGAACGAGUAUCAGGAGACUGCCGACAGCAAAAAAGUGCCCCACCGAGAUUUCUACAAUGUGAGAAAGGUUGAUACUCACGUUCAUCAUUCAGCAUGUAUGAAUCAAAAGCAUCUGCUCCGUUUCAUCAAGAGCAAGAUGAAGAAGUGUCCUGAUGAGCCAGUCUUGAUUAGGGAUGGCAAAUUACUCACUUUGGCCGAGGUCUUUGAGAGUAUCAACCUCACGGCGUAUGAUCUAAGCAUCGACACGCUUGAUAUGCACGCCCACGUGGACUCGUUCCAUCGAUUUGACAAGUUCAACCUCAAGUACAACCCGAUAGGAGAAUCCCGCCUGAGGACCAUCUUUCUGAAAACGGACAACCACAUCAACGGCAGAUACUUGGCCGAAAUCACCAAAGAAGUCAUAGCCGACCUCGAGUCUAGCAAGUAUCAGAUGGUGGAGUGGCGAAUUUCCAUUUACGGUAGGACCUUGGACGAAUGGGACAAGCUGGCUGCUUGGGUUGUUGACAAUAAGCUCUUCUCCCACAAUGUUCGGUGGCUCAUUCAGAUCCCACGACUGUACGACGUUUAUAAGGCUACAGGCAUGAUGGAGAGCUUCGAAGAGGUGAUCAAAAACGUCUUCCAGCCCCUAUUCGAAGUGACCAAAGAUCCGCAGAGCCAUCCCAAGCUGCACAUAUUCCUGCAGAGAGUCAUUGGCUUUGACAGUGUGGAUGAUGAAAGCAAGGUUGAGCGCCGGCUCUUCAAGAAGUACCCAGUGCCCAAGGAUUGGCAUUCCAAGCAGAACCCUCCGUAUAGUUAUUGGAUCUACUACCUGUUUGCCAACAUGACGUCGCUCAACUUUUGGCGACGCCAACGUGGUUUCAAUACCUUCCUCCUACGGCCGCACUGUGGCGAGGCCGGAGAUAGCGAGCACCUUGCUGUGGCUCUACUCUGCUGUCACAGCAUCAGCCACGGCCUCCUGCUAAGGAAGGUGCCGUUGCUGCAGUACCUGUUUUACCUCGAACAGAUUGGUAUCGCCAUGUCUCCUCUCAGCAACAAUGCCCUCUUCCUCGCCUACGAAAGGAACCCCUUUCAUCAGUACUUCAAGCGUGGCUUGAAUGUGUCUCUGUCCACCGAUGAUCCGCUGCAAUUUGCCUUCACAAAGGAGCCUCUGAUCGAGGAAUAUGCAGUCGCGGCGCAGAUCUACAAGCUCAGCCCUGUAGACAUGUGUGAGUUUGCAAAGAACUCGGUCAAGCAAAGUGGUUAUGAAUACUCGGUCAAACAACAAUGGCUUGGAGACAAUUUCCACCUCCCCGGCAAAGAGGGGAACAACAUGGUCAAGACCAAUGUGCCUGAUCGUCGAGAGGAGUUCCGACACCAUACAUGGGUCGAAGAGCAUCACAUGAUUUCAAGAUACACGCAGCCAGCAGCGCCUGGGGGCUCCGGGCACCUCAAGGUCCGAGAGCAGCAAAGCACCGUUGCUGCAGUACCAGCUUCUCCAAAAUCGACAUCCAAACACGCAUCAUUUCUAGAGAGCAAGGUCAACAGUCCUGCACUCCAAGAAGUGCAAGGCCAGGUGCAAUCAAGCGACCGUUCGCACACCUCUGGACACGAGCCAAGGUAUUUCCCUGGCAUGGUGGCGAGAGCUUCCAGACGGGGCAGUAUUCGUCACGGCUCAGCGCAAGAUUCUGACGAUGUAGCCUCAACGCGCAAUACUCUUAAGAAGAGUGGCGGGAAAGAGGAGCAUUCAUAG